UCUCUGUCUCCCCCUCCUGUCCUCACCCGCAGCCUGCGAUUAUUUUCCACUCACUUUCUUUAAAAUGGCGGCGUUGAGCAGCGCCGAGUCUCCACCGCCCGUCUUUAACGGAGACACCGCCGAGCGAGACCCGGGCAGAGAGCGGGCCCUGGAGGAGCUUGGCGGCGGGCUGGACCCCUCCUGCUCGGCGGGGAUCCCCGGAGGUCCGCAGGAUGAGGAGAUAUGGAAUAUCAAACAGAUGAUCAAGUUGACACAAGAACACUUGGAAGCUCUUCUGGACAAGUUCGGAGGAGAACACAAUCCUCCCUCCAUAUAUCUAGAGGCCUAUGAGGAGUACACCAGCAAACUGGACGCGCUCCAGCAGAGGGAGCAGCAGCUGCUGGAGGCCAUGGGCAACGGUACAGAGUUCUCCUGCUCCCCCACUCCCGUGCCCACUCUACUAGAGGUCAAGAUGGGCGGAUUUGGUGUCGGAGGAGGUGCUCAGGCUUUCCCCUCUGCCCCCAACACCCUGGCUGUCCUACAGACUCCCACAGACGCCAGCCGGGCCAAUCCACGCUCUCCACAGAAGCCUAUUGUGAGGGUUUUCCUGCCCAACAAGCAGAGAACAGUGGUCCCGGCCCGCUGCGGGAUGACGGUGAAGGACUCUCUGAAGAAAGCUCUGAUGAUGCGAGGUCUGAUUCCGGAGUGUUGCGCAGUCUACAGGAUACAGGACGGAGAGAAGAAGCCAAUUGGUUGGGACACUGACAUAUCCUGGCUGACAGGAGAGGAGCUACAUGUUGAAGUGUUGGAAAAUGUUCCGCUCACCACUCAUAAUUUUGUGCGCAAGACGUUCUUCACGCUGGCCUUCUGCGACUUCUGCAGAAAGUUGCUGUUCCAAGGGUUCCGCUGCCAGACUUGUGGGUACAAGUUCCACCAGCGCUGCAGCACUGAGGUUCCUCUCAUGUGUGUCAACUACGACCAGUUAGACUUAUUGCUAGUGUCCAAGUUCUUUGAACACCACCCGUUCACUCAGGAGGAGGUUUCUUCAGAGGGGACCACCCCUGUGUCCGAAGUCUGUCCAUCACUGCCCCCGUCAGACUCCACUGGAUCAAUAUGCCACACUGCUGUGUCCCCGUCCAAAUCCAUACCCAUACCACCUAGUUUCCGGCCCAAUGAGGAAGACCAUCGCAACCAGUUUGGUCAGCGGGACCGUUCGUCGUCCGCGCCCAACGUCCAUAUCAACACCAUCGAGCCUGUCAACAUAGAUGAUCUGAUUCGUGAUCAGUGCUUACCGAGAUCGGAGGGAGCCCCCCCGACCCACCCCGCCCGCUGCUUGAGGAAGCACCGAACACGGACCUCAAGCCCCCUCCUAUACUCCUACCCCAAUGACAUAGUGUUUGAUUUUGAGCCCGAGCCUGUUUACCGAGGAACCACCACAGGUCUGUCAGCCACUCCUCCCGCCUCACUACCUGGCUCUCUGACCAACGUCAAGGUUCCUCAGAAGUCCCCAUGUCCACAGAGAGAGCGCAAGUCAUCGUCCUCAUCUGAAGAUCGCAAUAAAAUGAAAACUCUCGGGAGGAGAGACUCCAGCGACGACUGGGAGAUUCCUGAAGGCCAGAUCACCCUCGGUCAGAGGAUAGGCUCUGGCUCAUUCGGAACAGUCUUCAAGGGAAAGUGGCAUGGCGAUGUAGCUGUGAAGAUGUUGAACGUCACAGCACCAACACCUCAACAGCUUCAAGCCUUCAAGAAUGAAGUGGGAGUCCUCAGGAAAACGCGUCACGUGAACAUCCUGCUGUUCAUGGGCUACACCACCAAGCCUCAGCUGGCGAUCGUCACCCAGUGGUGCGAGGGCUCCAGUCUGUACCAUCACCUGCACAUCAUCGAGACCAAGUUCGAGAUGAUCAAGCUCAUUGACAUUGCCCGGCAGACUGCUCAGGGCAUGGAUUACCUUCAUGCCAAAUCAAUUAUCCACCGAGACCUGAAGAGCAACAAUAUUUUCCUCCACGAGGACCUGACGGUAAAGAUCGGUGACUUUGGCCUGGCCACAGUGAAGUCCCGCUGGAGCGGCUCACACCAGUUUGAACAGCUGUCUGGAUCCAUACUUUGGAUGGCACCAGAGGUCAUCAGACUGCAGGACAAGAAUCCCUACAGCUUCCAGUCAGACGUCUACGCCUUUGGCAUUGUGCUGUACGAGCUUAUGUCUGGAGCACUGCCCUAUUCCAACAUCAACAAUCGAGACCAGAUCAUUUUCAUGGUGGGUCGAGGUUACCUCUCCCCGGACCUCAGCAAGGUGCGCAGCAACUGUCCAAAGGCCAUGAAGAGGCUGAUGGCCGACUGCCUGAAGAAGAAGAGAGAAGAGCGCCCCCUUUUCCCUCAGAUCCUGGCAUCCAUUGAGCUUCUGGCUCGCUCAUUACCCAAAAUCCACCGCAGCGCCUCGGAGCCCUCCUUAAACAGAGCUGGAUUUCAAACGGAGGACUUCAGCUUGUAUGCCUGCGCCUCACCCAAGACCCCAAUCCAGGCCGGCGGCUAUGGGGAGUUUUCAGCAUUUAAGUAAUGUUUGCUGUUUCACACCGCUUCAUCCCUCCUCCUUCUUCUUCUUCACUUCUGAAAAGUCUCGAGUCCCUUCCGUGGCUCCAUCCAUCACCACAUGGAAAAUAAGACGAAUGUGCGCUUUUCUUCCUCUGAUGCUGGAGGAGCCCCCUCCACCAAACACAGCCCAGCACACAAGCUCAAACACAGAGUUGGUUGAUGGUUCUGAGAAGGAAUCGAGCGGUCCCCUGCAGGAGGACAAGGUGAAGACAGAAGAGCAAACAUGGCAGUGAAGGUUCGGGAUGUGGCUUUCCUCCCUGGCCAGGUCAAAGGUCGGGCGCUGCACCUGUAACGGACGGCAGGACGGAGCCUGUACGACAAGACGCCGACUCGGUGAAGGUGGAUGUCCUGGAGGUCACUCAGCAGGGGGUCACCCUGGAACUAUGACUUGAAUUUCUUUUCCCGUCAUCGAUCAUUGUCCCCUCCUCUGCCUCUCCAGAGAAGGUUCUGUGCAGCACAAGGUGUCGCACUGACACACACAAGUCCUGCUUCGACUCCUUUAACUUCAUGUGAAGAGAAAAGCGGGCGAGCGAUUGUUCCUGGCUUCUUUUGUUUUUUUAUUUUUGUUCACAUGGCUUUAAUAUUGCACUCUGCGACCCACUGAAACAUUUUCCACACUUCCCUCCUUUGUUCAUCCCGGCAUGUGUCCUGGUUAGAAUCCGUUUUUUUGCCUUUUUCUGUACAGGCAGGCCUGCAGAUAUUUACAUAUUUAAAGUGACUUUUUUGUUUGUUUUAUGGACUAAUUUUUCAGAACGAGUCUUUCUUUUCAACGCUUGUGUACUUCGCACUUUGUAGAAAAUGCAUUGAAGCUUGCCUUUUUUUUUAUCGAGAUACAAAUCACGAGACAGAGCCGAUGAUGAACCAUUUGAGGAGGCUCUUGUUUUUAAGUGGGGUCCUUCAGUGAUGAGAGCUACCAACAGCUGCUAGCUUGAUGAGUGGUGUUUAUUCUCUGCCAGAGGUCACAUGUCCAUCAUGCACAUCUGCUCUGACUUCUGAGUGUCAAGUUUUACAAACAUGCUUAUUUUAUGCUAGCAAUCUAACUAGCCAUAUUUUUCUAUCCUCAUCUGUUUACAAAUGUCCAUUCUUCCUUUACAAGUCUUACAUUUUAGAUUCAAAGUAAAAUAGCAGCAGUUUUGUUUACAAAUAUAAGCUACUUAUUUCCUGCUUAAAACCUCACCUGUCAGUUCCCACAAUUUUUGCUGGUUAUUGUUGCAUCCUACUGAAAGUGUUCACAUGCAAGUCACAUGGGUUGUUGGGUGUGUCAUCAGGCGCACAACCACACCUUUGGUUUCCAACACAAGUUUUCAUCAAGGCGACUCACUCUCUCACAUCCAUAUCUGUGUUCAUCUUUGCUGCAGUUGUAAUGUGAACACUGCUUCCUAGUCAAGGUCCCACAUCGACAUAACGUUGACAUGGCCCAAACACAGCAUGCUGGUUGGAGCAAUAUUACAAGUUUUCUUUGGGCUUACAACAUACUGAUGAUUCUUCUUUUAGAGGGACAUAACAUGACAAAACAGACAAAUCAGUCUUUUAUUUAUUGUUUACAUGUUAUUUGUAUUUUAGGUUUUUGGUUCACAUUUAUAACCUAGUUCAUGGAUGAUUUGAGGGCAUGGAUUCAUAUUUGGGUGAUUUAUCAUAAAUGCAACAGUUCUGGACUCUUAGAAGAAAUUUGAGAAUUUCAGUUGAGUUUGAAAAUGUAACAAUGUCCAGUUUAGUUUUAUUGUUGAUCACGGUGAACAAGAAACGUGUCACAGAACUGCGCUGUUGUCCGGACUCGACCAAUCUACCACUCAUGUUUACCUUUUUUUACGAGUUAUCUAUUGUUUAACUUAAGAUUGUAGCUUAACUUUCACAGAUUUCUGCCACAUUGUGCGUCAUAUUUUAUCAGGUUUACCUUCACAGUCUAAGACUCAUAUGAUUGUGAACAGACUUCUAUAGAAAUUGGAAUAUGAUUUAUUGCUAUUUGGACAUGCAUGUACAUUUGACAGUCAUCUCACUUCUUGCAUAAUACAUUAUUGCUUUAGCAUGAAGUCCAUCUAAAAAUGGUUCUAAAAAAUCAGGAAAUAUCCACCAAUACCUUAAUUGUAGUUGCCAUAGUGAGCCAAAAUCUUCAUGGGUCCAGUAUUGCAUCACUGCGUCUUCUGGAGUCACAUAUCUACGCAGUUGUGUCAUUCAUUGCACAUAUUGCUAGAAGUAGUCACAGGCGCCUCUCCUUGUCAUAUUUACUGAUAUCAGACUGUAGUGUCUCAGAGGGAUGAAGUGAGUCGCAGCGAAGUGUUAGUUUACGUCUCACCAGUGUUGGACCUCGUCGCACCUCCCGACGUCAGUGUCAGCGCUCGGAUAUCUAUCUGUGCAGAUAGCAGCAGGGCUGAACUGAGAUCAGCUGUCGCACACGCUAACAGCUUUUUUUCUUUCCGUGCAUAUCAUCUCUGCCCCAGUCACCCCACCGACUCUUCCGGAACAUUCCCUGUCUUUAUCCUCGUCGCCUGCACCUUAAACCCCUCCACACACACCCACACACAACUUAUCAACUGCGAAUUAUCAUGAAGAAAUAGAUUUUUUUUCUUCCUUUUUUUGUUCCACCUGUAAAUAGUUGUACAAAGGAAAUACUGUCAAGUUUGCUAGAAGGCAUGGAAACAACAAAUGUAACAAAUUAUAAAAUGUUCAAUUUAAAGACAUUUUGAUAGGCAGAAAAAAACAGUUGCGUGUACAAAUAUUUAAGGCUGUAUUAUAUGGAGAAAGAGCUUAAUGUAUUUGUUGUGAAUAUGGAAAACUGAUAUAUUAAAGAAGUGCAUGAA